GCGUCACCGACUGUGAUGCGUUCUCUUCUGAGCUCUGAGCACCUGAACAUUCACUACAGAGAAAUACAGUGCCUUGAGAUACAGUAUACAGUGGUACGACAGAGAGUUACUGCACAGAGAAACGCCGCUGUUGGAAUCGGGCAAAGAGAACAACGCUCGUCAAAACGCCUAGAGAACGUCUUCAGUUCUUGCCCUGCCGUGGAGAGAUAUCCUGUCACGUCUAUGGACAUGAACCGAAUCGCAAGUCUAUCACCGUCUCAUGGUCAUGACUUCCAACCGGCGAACAAGUUGAUUAUGGUCAGAAAAACCGAACAGAGAACUUUUGCAUCUGGAAAAGAAGGAGAGACACCAAAGCUCAAAACAGUUACACGAACAACGGUGCAAACAUUUGACGGCAACAACAAAGUUCUCAGAAAAGUAACUCUGCCAAAGAAAGACAACGACGAAGGUGCAGAAAACGAGUGGAAAGCAUCAUCAACACCAAGAACUCCUGUCAAAAAAACCAGUGGCAUGUCCACCCCAAAGAAAUCAUCAGAAAGUCUGGGAGGCUCUCUGAGGAUGAGCAGAAAUGGAUCAAAGAAUGGACUGGACACGCCCAGACUCAAAGAGCGUCAGCAGAAUGCAACUGUGGGCAAACUUGAAGAGUUUCACGAUGAAUGCUUACAAGCUCACAAUGAAUACCGAAGGCUACAUGGGGUUCCAGAACUGAGGCUCGAUAAAAAGCUUUGCAAAUACAGUCAAGAAUGGGCCGAGCACUUGGCGAAAGUGAAGAACACAUGUCACAGGCCGAAAUCCACGUAUGGAGAGAACAUUUUCUUUUUCUGGUCGAGUAAUCCAAGGGAGCGUGUCAAAGGAAAUGAUCCGGUUGACAAUUGGUACAAGGAGAUCGAGAAGCACACGUUCGGAGUCGAGCCGAAAACAUUGAAAUCAGGUAAAAAUACUUCGAUAAAUUCACGACUUUCGUGUUCUGUUACAUAUUUCUUACUUCUCAUUCAUAUAGGUAUAUCAGAUGUAAAAAUGAAAUUAUUCUUGAUUGAUGUGAGUACCUCACGGUAUUUAUCAGCAUACUUUUUUAUUUCAAGUGGGUUUGAUGAAGAAGAGCUGAAAGAUGAAGAAGAGCUCUCGGAUGAGAAUUUUGUGCACCAGGCUCUACGUCUGCAUAACGAAUUCAGAGCUCGACACUCAGCUCCGCCGCUGCAAUUGAACGCACAGCUCAGCGCCUUCGCUCAGGAUUGGGCGCAGACUCUAGCUCGCACAAGGACAUUCCAUCACAGGCCGAACAACCCCUACGGUGAAAAUCUGUUUGCGAUGCGUUCAUCUGACCCGGUCACAGCGGCCGACGCCUGCCGCAGCUGGUAUGCUGAGUCCGACAAAUACCAUUCCAGCUGGUAUGGCCAGGAACCGGCCCGAUUGGAUGCAGGACACUUUACUCAAAUGGUAUGGCGUGAGAGUGAACUGCUCGGUAUCGGCAAAGCAGUUGACGAAAGUGGACAAGUUAUUGUUGUGGCCAAUUACCACCCGAGAGGAAAUGUCAUAUCCAGGUUCGGAGAGAAUGUCCACAAACCAAGAUCGAAGAAAUAAUUUCAGCUGCCAAGCCAUCCGACCGAAAUUCUUCAACACCGUGCCAAAAUAAAAGACUUCACUUGAUAACCAACGAGCUUUCUUGUAGAUGUCACUCGUGCCUCCAAAGCACGCACAAAGCUUGCACUUGAAUGUGCUCACAUUCAUCCUAUCCAUCUAGUUUCCCAUUCCUCGUCGCAUUGUAAAUACUUCACCAUUUAGAUUUAUUACACUGUAGAAUUAGUGGAAAUUAGAUUUGAUUAUAAAUGAUCUUCCAAUUUUAGGAAUAAUCUACUUCUCCUAAUAUUAUCUCUUAAGCAAUUUCGGAUACCAGUUUUCAUAUUAAUCAUUGUAACAAAUAUUUGUGAUUCGUGGCACAAACUUAAGAUUGCCCCCAUGAUAUACUCAUACACUUACUCUUUACAAGUCAUACUCAUACAUAUAUAAACUAUAAACUUGAGUGUUGAUAGGAAAUGACAUUGGGUAAUACGGCAAGGCAGAACAUCCAAAAGGAUCUCUCCUGCCAAUAAAAGCCAUAAGAAUAAAUAAAUACUCAUACAUAGCCUACACAUUAUAAAGUGAUAGGCCCCUACUCCAUCCUUCAUAAUAUUAUCCAUCCAUCGUUGAUCACAAUUGAGAAUAAAUACGAAAGAGAUAUGUAAUGUAGAAUCAAACAAUUCUGAAUUUUAAAUUUAAUUUUUUUCCUUUAAAAAAUAGUUUAGAUUGACAAAGAGUUUGGAUGAGAAGAAAUUUCAUAAGCCUUGGAAACGAGGAUUUAUUUAGGAAAAUCAUUUAAAUACAACUUGAUAUGGUGGAUGCUUCUUAAAUUCAAUAAUGAUGAUUAUAAUCACCGAUUUUAUUAUGUUCAAUCACAGUAUAAUAAUAAUCCAAAGGAAAUGUUGGUCAGUGAUGGUGAAGUUAGGCCUACAUAUAGUCUGAUUGAAUGUUGUUAUGUUGCAAGUUUGAUUGACGAGUAGAGUUCACAGAAAUGCUUUAAUAAAUUUAUAUACAGUGAUGUGAUUUUUCACAGUUCACACUGUAAACAAGGAAUAUUAAAUGACUGAUUUUCAAACUUUGCUAAAAUUCAUAAAAAUAAGAUGUUGUAAUAAGUCUUACUCCAUUGUGUCCAAUCGUUUAAUACUUGAGAAAGCGAAAUGUGUUUGUCCAUUGAUAUUAUAAUGCUGUGAUUUUCAAUUCAAUGUGUAGAAGUGCAUAGCCUACCAUUGUCUAUCCUCUAUCUAUUAAGCUGCGUAGUGCGUUUACACCAAAGUUAUUAACAAAAUGUUAAUAACUUAAUACUUAUAGAUUCGAUUAGAUUGAACGGAGCUUGACAAACAAGUAUGUUCAAUUUAAUAGAAUUUACAAGGAUUAAGUUAUUAAAAAUUGUGUUAAUAACUUUGGUGUGAACAGAGCUUUAGGAGCCUUUAAUGUUAUUCCAAAUCAAUUAUAUUCCAUCCCCAUUGAUUAUUCCAUGUCUCACCUAUGCAAGUUCCUCAUCAAAAUACAGCUUCUUGUACUCCUUGAAAAUAGUCAUUUUAUAAGGCACUAUUAUGAUGCACAUUUUAUUAAUAAUGUCAUUCGUCUGAACUCUGAAUUUAUAUAUUAUAUAAACUUUGUAAUAAAAUUCCGUCUGUAAAUGAUUGACAUUGUCACCCUUCUGCUAAUUGUGAUGCUUAGGCCUAUAUAGUUGAAUAUCUUUAUGAAAAAUAUCACGUUUAAAGGAUAAUCUUUAAAGCCUAGGUGUUUAGUGAAUUCUUAUUCUCAUCAGGCAUCUUUCUAGUUGCUCGGUGCUCCCGAUAUAAAAAACGGAAUUUACUUUUCAAAUGAGUUCGAAGAAAUUAUAAAAUAUCAAGUACAUCAAUAUGAAUUGAUAACAUGUUCUGCCUUAUAUUUGAUGACAUAUCUUAUUGUUCAUGGUGAAGGAAUCACCCAUCAACUAAUACUCAAUUGCUGACAAUUUCGAUGGUGCCUUCAAUAUUCUAUCAGACUUGCUCAUCAUAGCUUGGAUAUAAUCUAAUUUCAACAAGCCCUUCAUCCACAUUUUUUGCUGACACUUUAUAUAUUCAGUUUAUUAGAAAAUUAAUUUUUCUGUUGCUAUUUCUAUUUACAAAAGUAGUAAAGACAAUAUUUAUUGUAUUAGAAAUAAAACAAAUUAUUUUAUUUCAAUCUCAUUAAAUAAUAUAUGAACCCACAAAAUUUUAAUCGACGAUAUAUACAUAGAGCAAUCACAAAUACUCACUUGUCUUCUAUAAGAGCUACUGAAAUUAUUCAACCACAAUAACACUUUUAUAAAACAUACAUUUUUUUCGGAAAUUAUGUUCGUAUUAAUCAUCGGCAAGUUUCAUGAAAUGGAAAAUGAUCGAUAUAGGCCUAAACUAAUUUCAUUUUGUACGACAAACUUUGUUGGGUGGUGAUUCUUAGUUUAAAAUUUAUAAAUCCAAAUAUAUACAUGAAUAAAACUUUCUACUGUCAGUGCCCUGUUCGUAUCUAGUUGAGUGAGUUGUCAUAAUUCUCUAACCCCCCCCCCAUAAUGGAUAAUAUCGCAUUAUUUAAAAUCAAAACAGCAUUCAAAAAUGUAAUAACUUUGCAUAAUAUUAUUAUUGUAUUUCAAAUAUAUAGUGUACGAUUUCUUUAAAAAAUACAUUCCAGGACAAUUUUCCAUUAUGUUUUAUUCGUUAUUUCCAACAUUAAUUUUCAAUAUUAGACUCACAUUCGCCAUUCCACAAUCAUACAAAAAGUUGUGUUAAAUGUCACCGGAUUAAUUGGAGGAUUGCAUUGCUUAGAGCAAAAAUAAAAAACCAAUAACAUAAUAUCUAACAACUAACAAAAAACUUAAACUAAUAAAUUUGAUAACUCUUUUGUGAAAUACAGCAUAUCUUAAAAUUUAACAUUUUUAACACAUUAGAAUAAGACAUGGCACAUGAAGAAAAAUAUGUUUACAUUCCUUUUGAAUAAGCUUGCAUUUAUGCUACAAUACCGUAAUUUAUAGAAUAGUUUGUUCAUUCAAGAUUCUUGUAUUGAAUAAUGUAUACGUAAUAAUUGAUGGUUAACGUUUAUUAUAAUUAUUGAAUCAUCUGCUUAUUGAUGAUUGAAUUAUUCUCUACUUGAUGAUGGGAAUAUUGGAUAGAGAGUUUAAAGUUUUUGAAUAGUAAGUAUUAUUACACCAAAGAUAUUGUUAGAGCAGCACAAUAGUUGAUAUUCACAUUAUUACUAUAUUGACUGUUGAAUUCUCUAUUGAUACGAAAAUUAUUUGAAUAAAACUGUAAGAAAAUUA